GAAAGCUUAGCUUAGCUCUUUCGAUCUAUUACGCUACCUUUCUCCCUUUCAAUUCUCAAAUCUCAUUCUCUGAGAUUUGAGCUUUCUUCUCUCUUUUUCUUUUUCUUUUUCUCUCUGAAUUUUCAGUUCCUCGUAAGUCGCAGCCAUGAUUUCCUCAAGCAAACUCAAAUCCGUUGAUUUCUACAGAAAAAUCCCUAGAGAUUUAACUGAGGCAUCACUAUCUGGAGCGGGGUUAUCCAUAGUAGCAGCUCUCUCCAUGAUCUUUUUAUUUGGAAUGGAACUCAGUAAUUAUUUGUCUUUCAGCACCACUACAUCUGUGAUUGUUGACAAGAGUUCUGACGGGGAGUUUUUACGUAUAGAUUUCAAUAUCAGUUUUCCUGCACUUUCAUGCGAGUUUGCAUCAGUUGAUGUGAGUGACGUGCUGGGAACAAACAGACUGAAUAUAACAAAAACAGUUCGCAAGUUUUCUAUUGAUACAAAUUUAAGACCCACUGGGGCUGAAUUUCAUUCAGGGACAACUGCAAACAUCAUUAAACAUGAUGAGCAAGUAGAGGAAGAAUCAGUUGAAGGUUCUCUUACACUUACAUCACGCAAUUUUGAUAAAUAUUCUCGUCUGUUUCCAAUUACAGUUGUGAAUUUUUAUGCUCCUUGGUGUUACUGGAGUCAACGCUUGAAACCUUCAUGGGAGAAAGCAGCUAAAAUAAUAAAAGAGAGAUAUGAUCCAGAGAUCGAUGGCCGUAUUGUUUUGGGGAAGGUAGAUUGCACAGAAGAAGGAGAUUUAUGCCGGAGCCAUCACAUACAAGGGUAUCCAUCAAUUCGUAUCUUCCGUAAAGGAAGUGAUAUCAGAGAUGACCAUGGAGAUCAUGAUCAUGAGUCCUAUUAUGGAGAUCGUGAUACAGAUAGCCUAGUCAAGACAAUGGAGAAGUUAGUGGCUUCUCUCCCUGCAGAAUCUCAGAAGCUAGGUUUGGAGGAUAAAUCCAAUGGAACAGAGUACAGAAAAAGACCCGCACCUUUAUCUGGGGGAUGUAGAAUUGAAGGAUAUGUGCGUGUCAAAAAGGUUCCAGGAGAUUUGGUUAUAUCAGCUAGAUCUGAUGCCCAUUCUUUCGAUGCUUCUCAAAUGAACAUGUCACAUGUCGUACACCAUCUAUCUUUUGGACGGAAAUUGUCACCUAGGGUUUUGAGUGAUGUGAAGCGCUUGAUACCUUAUGUUGGUAGCAGCCAUGAAAGGUUGAAUGGUCGGUCAUUCAUCAAUACACGUGAUUUAGGAGCAAAUGUUACUAUGGAGCAUUACCUCCAGAUAGUUAAAACAGAGGUGAUUACUGGAAAAGAUUAUAAAUUAGUUGAGGAGUAUGAAUACACAGCACACAGCAGUGUAGCACAGAGUUUACACAUUCCUGUGGCAAAGUUCCAUCUUGAGCUCUCCCCCAUGCAGGUCUUAGUAACAGAAAACCAGAAAUCUUUUUCACAUUUUAUAACAAAUGUCUGUGCUAUCAUUGGGGGUAUUUUCACGGUAGCUGGAAUUUUGGACUCGAUUCUGCACAACACAAUUAGACUAAUGAAAAAAGUUGAGCUUGGCAAAAACUUCUGAUAGAUAGUUCAAAGUUGUUAUCUAGAGUAGGGCUUUUGAUUUUGCUAAAGCCAUUUUAACUAGGAGGCCUUUUAGCACAUUGUUCUCUAUAGAUAUGCUACAAAAGCAUAGAAGUGUAACUUGAGUUGUUAAUUCGGUCAAAUGAUCAUUACCGGGAUUGCGAGCUCCAUAAAUGUAUCCUGGGCUUUCUAUGUUUAAGGGUCGUGUCCUGGAUUUCUGCUUACACCAAAUUUUUUGUCCUUGUUUGUAUGGUUGAGAAAAGACUCUUAGGAUUAACAUGUUACUUCAUUCAUUCAUUCAUUGUUUAUUUCAAUGUUCUGUUAAAUUAAACUAGUAAAGCCUUCAUGGAUC